AUGUCUGGAGAUAACCACAAGGGUAUCCGGUUACUAAGAAAAGAAGUGCUGAACAGUUUACAGGGUGCAGAAAGCUGUUGCUUCCUAAGGCAGCUGCUUCAUUUCUACAUGGAUAAGGUUUUUAUCAGCUACAUCAGCAGCCAUUCCCUACAUCGCAGGACCACCAGCGUCCUAGCCAACUCCUUCCUCGGUAUCGCCAAGGACCUGCGAGUCUGCCAUGCGGAUGCACACUGUGAGUGCAGUGAAGAUGCCACGCUAAAACUUGCAGACAUUCAAACCAUGUACAACAAGCUUGAUCAAACAGCAGGAACAGUGAAGGCCAUUGGAGAGCUGGACUCAUUAUUUGAAUGGCUAGAAAGUUUUCAACACAAUUGAUAAUAGACCAAGAGCCAAACUAAAUAAGCUAGAUAUGCAUUAUAAUUCUAA